GGGAUGUCUCCUGCCCAAAGAUUCAGGAGGUCUGGAACCUGCAACCCAAUCCGAUUCAUCAGUAAACAAUACUUCUUCGUACAUGACGACCUGCGCAGAUUGACGUGUAAACGACCUACCUUGGACUAUUCAGGGCCUCUCCCUUGCGCCGCAGACUUUCUUUUUUUACAUACCCGUCUUUGACUCAAGUCACACAGCAAUAAUGUCUAACCUCUUCUCUGGAAUCAACGCCCGCUUCCGCGGCCAGAGAAGCCCAAACUCGGGCGCAAGCUCCCCGAGCCCCGAGCAGCAGCAGGCGCAGGCGCAAGCACAGGCUCAAGCACAAGCGCAAGCCCAGGGACAACACCCAGGAAAUCUACCCCAAGGGCAGCCAGGAAGCCAGUCUUCCUCCUCCAAUCUUGCAGUGAAGCUCCCGCCACUCCCCACCUCGCCAUCACUUGCUGAGACCAUCGGCAUGGACCAGGCCAGCGGCAUGGUGCCGUCAGCGGAGGAGGUUCUCGCUUCGUACCACCUGCCUCCCGUGAAACCUCUGUGGCUCAACGCCAACUAUGCGAAGCACAUCGUCAAGGGUAACUUUCUCACGCUCAGCGCAAAGCCCAAGACGGUCGAGAUGGGGGAAUGGAUUGCGCACCAAGUUGUCGACCACUGGAGGAUGUUGAUUACUUUUAUCCGCCUGGUCCACGACAAGGAAGAGGAUGGCACCUCCAUCUGCAAUUCUAGGAGAUGCGCCAAGAUGUCGGCAGGAAGCAACCACUCGUUCACCUGGCUCAACUCUCGGUACCAGCCCGUCGAGAUCCCCGCCUACGAGUACUUGACCCUCGUGCAGCGGUACAUCACGGGUAAACUCGAUGACACAAGCAUCUUCCCAACGGACCCAGCUGGCGUCUCGUACGCCGACAACCCGGCCUUCUGCACCCCGGUACCGGAAUCAGGCCCGGAUUGGGUGGGUAAGCGGAGUGGGUUUCCACAGAAUUUCAUGGAGACGUGCCAGACCAUCUUCCGCCAGAUGUUCCGGGUUUAUGCCCACCUGUACUGGUCACACUUCGAGGACAUGUUCUGCCUGAACCUCGAGAAGUCGAUGAACAGCUGCUUCAGCCACUUCAUCCUCACCGCAACCACGUUGAACCUGCUGAAGAAGUCGGAUCUCGAGCCCAUGCAGCCGCUGAUCGACCUCUGGGCGGCUCUCGGGACGUUUCCUCAGGGAUCCAAGGCGUACGAGAUUGCCAACAUUGCAGUUGGACAGCUGCUGAUCCAGAAGGCGGGGGGACCGCCCGCCAGUAAUUGAACGGAGCGGGCCGGCCAGGCGCGCAUGGAUAACAAGUGGGGGGAAACAAAAGAGAUAAUUCUGCAUAGCGGGCGAAGUGAGAGCUGGGUGUGCGUCUAAGGGCAGCGUCAGAAAGCGGCACAGGAAGUGUGGAUGGCACGACGUUCUUUGGCCACGUGUGAUC